AUGUGGGUCUGUGUGUGGCUGGUGGCCCUGUUUGUGAGUGUGUGUGUUGGCAGAGGGGCAGCCCCUAGCCGGAUGCCCUUGUGGUGGGGUGCCAGGGCCCGGAGCUCCUGAGGGUGGCAGACAAAGGACCAGAGCAAUGCUGACCUCACUGAAGGAUUCAUCCUCAGUCUCAACAGAGUCUAUGUCGUCAGCCAGCAGACAGGGGUGA